AAGCCAGUGGAAUGAAGCGGGCCGUCGUUGUCGCGCCUUGGCCCUGACGCCUGGCUCCUCUGGCGCGAGAUGCCCUCCAAGGGGGGAGUGCAGGAGUCCAAUGGCUGGGUCGGCCUGCAUCCCAUGGCUUUUGGGUGUGUGCCAGUGCGCACCGCCACCUUCCUGACUGCUGCGGGCUGCUCCCUGCAAGGGCUUCUGCUGCUGCGGUGGCACCUGGCUGUGGAGGAGGACCGGCGCGCCUUUGUGGGGGGCUACUCCGACUGGAGCCGGGCCCUGAUCGAUCUGCUGGACCUCUCCGCGAUGCUCUGGGGCGGCCUGGGCGCCUACGGGGCGCUCUACUUGCGGGAGGGGUUCAUUCGCGCCUUCUACUACUAUCAGGCCACUCGGAUCCUCGCGUGGCCGCUGAUGUACCUCUUAGAUGUGCCUUUGUUGCUGAGCUGCGAGCUGGGCCGCGACGACCCCAGCGCCUUCGUGGCGCGCUUCGGGCCACAGCAGGCAGUGCUGAGCAUCGCGGCGGAGGGCAGUUGCGACGACGAGCGUAGCUUCUUCUCGGUGCUCUCGGUGCUGUGCUUGGCCUUCUUCGCCCACUGCUUCUUCGCGACGGCGCGCCUGUUGGCCGAGCUGGAUGACCCUCACAUGCUGAACAUGUCGCAGGAGGGGCCCUCAGGCGUAUUCAGCAAGCUCGGGCCGAGAGGCGCCGGCCCAAAAGGCCCCAGCGUCAGCACGCCGCUGGUGGACGCAGCUCCCGUGGCCUUCCGUCCCGCGCCCGACAGCUUGCCCCUGGAGAACCUGGCCUGACGGGUAGCACCGCGAAGCGACACCUAAAGCUGAAGCAUCACCCAGGCUUAUGCACA